GCGAGCCCGCCGCCGCCGCGGAGGGAGGAGGGGGAAAAGGAGGAGGAGGAGAGAUGAGGCGCUUCCACCCCGGGGUCGCGCUGCUGCUCUCGCUGCUGUGGGAGUGUACAGAGGCCAAAAAACAUUGCUGGUACUUUGAAGGAUUAUAUCCUACAUAUUAUAUAUGUCGCUCCUAUGAGGAUUGCUGUGGCUCAAGAUGCUGUGUAAGAGCUCUCUCUAUCCAGCGACUAUGGUAUUUUUGGUUCCUUUUGAUGAUGGGAGUUUUGUUCUGUUGUGGAGCCGGUUUCUUUAUCCGGAGGCGGAUGUACCCUCCUCCAUUAGUAGAAGAACCUACUUUUAACGUGUCUUACACCAGACAACCAGUCAGCACUGCAUCAGGGUCACAACAACCCGGAGUGCCGUAUUACACAGAUCCAGGUGGACCUGUGAUGAAUCCCAUGGCUAUGGCUUUCCACGUCCAGCCCAACUCCCCACAAGGAAACCCGGUUUACCCACCCCCACCUUCCUAUUGCAACACACCACCUCCCCCCUAUGAGCAGGUGGUGAAAUCCUCCACGUGAGGACUCUGGCUCUCUGACUGUGUGAGAAGAAGGUGCAAUUGCAAAAUGACCAAGAUGGAGGGCACCUGCCCUUUUGAACACUUGCUAGUUCUCCAAGUCCUCUCUCCUUCCCUUUCCCACACCUUUCCUCAUUAAAGUUACUUGCAAAGGGGUGAUUUUAAAAUUUUUUUUCCUUUUUUUCCUUUUUUUUUUAGUAGAAGUGGAUUUUUUCUUUGUCUUCAAAAUGACAGAAGUUGUCUUUGUAAUGCUUUUAAUGGAAACCUAUAUUUAAAACCUGUAUGUCUUUCUCUUUAUUUAUUGUUCAUUUCAAUCAAGGUUUUAACUGCGUCGUGGCAGGCUACUGAUAGCAGUUCUUGCAACCCCAGUGCCCUCAGCUAAGGGAAACAAUAGAGAAAGAGGAUCAAGGUAGAAGCAGCCAGGGCAAUGAUUUUACCAGAAAUUGUGGCUACCAUCUCUUUCUGAGGUGUAACAGAAAGAUGCUCUGAUAAAGGUCACUGUGACUGGAGUACCAGUAUUGGUUGAGUUGUGGCAGGGGCUCUGCCAAGUGCCCUAGAAAAGAGGGAGUUACUUUAAAUGAUGCAUCCAAAAAUUAAGGACUGGGACUUGAGUGUUUCUUGUCCAUCACCUGGACUUUGCCUGUGUAAGUGGCAUCUUGGCUCCCUUUGUUUUACCAGAUUGCGUGAAACAGAGAAUGACCUAGAUGUUGGCACAAAAGGAAGGUGUUACAACCUCAGAGCUACCUGUGCCUCUUGCUGGACCAGUUAGAAACACAUAAGAAAGACAUAAGUUUUCUUCCCUAAACUGGAAAAUAUUUACAGUAAGAAGGGAUGGGAGCAUAGGUACAAGUUUACUCUCUUUGGUGUUGAUGGGAGUUUAGUCCCUGAGAAAUAGUAUCUUUCAUUAUAGUCUUACUGCUGCCACAAAGAGUACCAAGUAAAGCUGUCAUCUUAGGUGACAGAUCUGUAAAUCUGCUCUCCUCUCUAGGUCA